AUGACAGAUAAUAAUCAACUAACUUGUAAUACAGAGGAUGCAGGUGACAACUUGAUACCUACACCAAAGAAGGCUGUUAAAAAGACUUGUGUCAGAUGCAAGGAAAAGCCUUCAAUCAUCUUGUUUAGAACAGAUCCAAUGUGUUGGGACUGCUAUCAUGAAAUGAUAAUUAAAAAGUUUAAGUUGAAUGUAACAAGAUUUAGAGAUAAUAAAAAGGAUGUAGAGAGAUUGAUGUUGGCUGUAUCGGGAGGUGUGUCAUCACGUGUAAUGAUGGAUCUCGUGUCACACUUUAUCGGUGGUAAUGGUAGUAAGGGAACCAAGGCAAAGUUGUUCUUUAAGGUGUGUGUCGUUCACAUCAACAUCUCGUGUCUUGAUCAAGUGUCGGGACGUGCCACCGAGCAAGACCACUUGGACCACGCACAAAGACAAGCAAACCUCGUUCGAUCACUUGAAGAGGCUGCCCAACAAUACGAAUUCCCAUUCUACAACAUUCCAUUGGAGAAUAUCUAUGGAUGCGAUGAAAGCAACAAAAAAGAGAGACAACAAAUGUUGAUCGAUUCAUUCACACAAUUUACUUCAUCAACUUCAAAGGAAGAUAUAUUAGAACAUUUUAGAAACCAAUUAUUAUUUGAAACUGCUCAUUCUUUAGGAUUCAACAAGAUAUUAUUUGGAACAAGUUCAAAUAGAUUGGCAACAAGAUUAUUAUCAUCAACGUCAAAGGGUAGAGGAUACAAUGUACCCAAUGAAACGAAUAUGGUCGAUCAACACAAAGACAUUCGAUUCAUUCAACCAAUGAGAGACUUUCUCUUAAAAGAGAUUCACAUCUAUCACCGAAAGAUGUCUUUUAUCGAUUACACAAAUCACAAUGUUUUAUUAUUUAAUAAUAAUUCAAAGGGUUCAAUUAAUGCUUUAUGUGAAAAAUUUAUUAAUCAUUUACAAGAUAUUUCAAAUCAAACUAUUCAUACAUUACUUAGAUCGGUUGAUAAGUUAGUUUCACCAAUUGACGAAAACUCUGUAUCUUGUUCCAUUUGUUGUGCCAAUUUAUCAGAACAAGAAAUUAAACAACUAGAACAAUAUUCAUUGGCAUUAAAAUCAUCUUCAUCAUCGUCAACUACAACUUCAACAAGUUCUUGUAAAUCAAGUUGCAAUAAUUGUUCAGCUUCAUCAUCUUGUUGUUCAACCAAUAAUAAUAAUAAUAAUAAUAAUAAUAAUAAUAGUAUUCAAUUAACCAAUAAUAUUCACAAACCAACAUUAUGUUAUAGUUGUAAUCAAUUAUUAAGAGAUGUUAAACAACCACCUGUAUUGACAGUCGUUCCAUCUGAUUCGACAACAACUCCUACGCCUCCAACUCUACCAAUUUACGUCCAAAAGAAUUCAACCGUUUUAUUAAAAUCAUAUCAAUUACGAAAUGAAAUCAAGGAUUUCUUAUUAGAUGAUGAUGAAUAA